AUGGAUAGCACCCUUGGUUUUCUUCACUCUGACACCAUGCACCUGCACCUUUUCUCCAUCAAGUAUGCUUAUAAAUCAAGAAAAUAUGUUUAUGUCCCUGUAAGUCCAUCUCUACAUGUCUUGAGUACCUUCUGAACUCUUGGCUAGUGUCUGCUUUCACCAUGCAGUGUAACACAGUGGCCUUUCGACCCCAGAGUCUCAGUAUUACCCUCUGAAUAAUCAGAUUAUAGAGCAGGGGCAGGCGUUAGGGCUCCAGACACCACUCUACCCUGCCCUGCCCUGCCUGGCCAGCCGGCCCACAGGACCCCGUACCAACCGGCCCACAGGACCCCGUACCAACCGGCCCACAGGACCCCGUACCAACCGGCCCACAGGACCCCGUACCAACCGGCCCACAGGACCCCGUACCAACCGGCCCACAGGACCCCCACAGGACCCCGUACCAGCCGGUCCACAGGACCCCGUACCAGCCGGCCCACAGGACUCCGUACCAGCCGGCCCACAGGACCCCGUACCAGCCGGCCCACAGGACUCCGUACCAGCCGGCCCACAGGACCCCGUACCAGCCGGCCCACAGGACCCCGUACCAGCCGGCCCACAGGACUCCGUACCAGCCGGCCCACAGGACCCGUACCAGCCGGCCCACAGGACCCCGUACCAGCCGGCCCACAUGACCCCGUACCAACUGGCCCACAGGAGCCCGUACCAACCUGCCCACAGGACCCUUUACCAACCGGCCCACAGGACCCCGUACCAGCCGGCCCACCGGACUCCGUACCAGCCGGCCCACCGGACCCCGUACCAGCCGGCCCACAGGACUCCGUACCAGCCGGCCCACAGGACCCCGUACCAGCCGGACCACAGGACCCAGUACCAGCCGGCCCACAGGACCCAGUACCAGCCGGCCCACAGGACCCAGUACCAGCCGGCCCACAGGACCCCGUACCAGCCGGCCCACAGGACCCCGUACCAGUGGUGCAGCCCAGCAUCAGUUUAA